UUUUGCGGCGUACGUUGGUUUGAAGAAACAAAGAUCAAACACAAGAGGAAGAAGUGUCGUGGAGCGAAACAACUGCAAGUGUUGAGGAAGGAAGGAAGAAAGGAAGAUGAAAGAUAUGAAUUGGCUGUUAUACUCAACUGGAAGUGGAAGUGGGAAGCUACCAACGCCACAGCCGUCGUCGGCGGCUUCCAUGUUUCUCAGAAACAAAACAAAAACAAGAAGAAGCAGCCUAAAUCAUCGAUUCGAUUUCCUCUCAACAUUUUCUGCUUCUCCUCUGCGGGCCGCCGCCGCCGCCUCCUCCUCAUUUAUGUUCAGACGCAAGGCAACGCAAGUCGUUGGAGGUCAGCUGCAGCGAGUACAGGCACAAGAGUUGCUUGUAGCCUACUAAAAGCGGAAGACAACGUAAAUGACGACGAAACAUGUGAGCUAGUCAGUGGAUUUGAAGUUUCAGUUGACGGCGAGGGUGUUGCCGGUACCAUCAACGCUUAUCUCUUCAAGGCAGUCAAAAACAAUAACGGAAUUGGGAUACUUCUCUUGUCUGACAUCUUUGGCUUCGAAGAUUCAUCCACCAGAGAGUUUGCAUAUCGCAUUGCCUGCAACGGUUACAACGUUUUACUUCCGGACCUUUUCCGCGGAGAUCCAUGGACAAAGGACCGCCCGAAGGUUGAUUUUGAGAAGUGGAUUGCUGAACAAGAAGCUCAAGGGGUUGCGAAAGACAUUGCCGCGUGUGCAAAAUGGAUGGUUGAUGAGUUUGCAGCUGCAGGGAUCUCAAACAAGCUUGGCUUGAUAGGUUUUUGCUACGGAGGUGGCAAAGUGAUCGAGGUGUUGGCGCAGGACCAGGGCGCUUAUUUCGGGAUUGGGGUCUCAUUCUACGGAACAAGGAUGGACGACACAUCUGUAGCUUCUAAUGUGAAGGUUCCUGUAUUGUUUAUUACAGGGGACAACGACCCGCUGUGUCGUGUGAGCGUGGUAGAAAGUAUUGAGAAGAUCAUCGGCAGGGGAUCCAGGGUGGUGAGUUUCAAGGGGAGAGGCCAUGGCUUUGCGCACCGACCUCAGUCGUUUGAAGAAGAUGAAGAUGCAGAGAAAGCUUUCACUUUGAUGAGAAAUUGGCUUGAUGGCUUGCUUGCAAUUGCAAAUGCAGGUUAAUUAGAUAUUGCUUAAUCAAGUAUAAAUCCUUCAUUACUGUAUCUGUCUAAUUAAUCACAAGAUUAUACAAAGUUUAUUAAAACCUUUGUUUUACAUCUCAUUCCUAAUUCUUCGUUAA